AUGACUGAACCAAGGAAUGUUGCGUUGAGCUUCGGAGCCAGCGGUAUCUCGGGCUGGGCUGUCACCAAAUGCGCUCUAACCUACCCCACUGCAACAACAUUUGCCAGGGUAAUCGGCUUGACAAAUCGUCCAUUGCCAUUGGAAAGCAGUGGAUUACCCCAUGACCCUCGACUGGAGCUUUACUCCAGAGUAAAUCUGCGAGCGAGCCUUGAUGAGGUGUUGGCCAAGUUGCAGGAGACGGUCCCGAACCUCGAGGAUGUUACUCAUGUGUAUUAUCUCGCCUACUCGAACGCAACCGCCAACUCGGUCGGCGUGAUGGCAAUCCGCGAUAUCAAUGUAGGAAUGACCUACAACGCCGUGCGCGCCGUCGACGAACUAUGCAAGAAUCUAAGAUUCUUCGUGCCUCAGACUGGGACGAAUGCACCGCAGAACUACGGAGUCGCCGUCUUCCGCUUCCAAGAACACAUCGAGAUAACUCCUCCCCUGCGCGAGGACAACCUACGCAUUCCCUCGCCCUGGGGCGACGAGAUCUUCUACUACGCACAGGUGGACCUGCUGAAGCAAGCUAAUAAGGGGAAAUUGUGGAGGUGGUGUGAGGUGCGACCGGAUAUGAUUAUUGGGGCGUUCACAUCGCCUCCUUAG